AUGCCGCUGGGGAUGCAACCCGGGGAACAUUUGAGAAUCUGCCCUCAGGAAUAUACAUGCUGCACCUCAGAAAUGGAGGACAAGUUAAGCCAACAGAGCAAACUGGAGUUUGAAAACUUAGUGGAGGAAACAAGUCACUUCGUACGCACCACUUUUGUAUCCCGGCACAAGAAGUUUGACGAGUUUUUCCGAGAACUUCUGGAGAAUGCAGAAAGAUCCUUAAAUGACAUGUUUGUUCGGACAUACGGCAUGCUGUACAUGCAAAACUCUGAGGUUUUCCAGGACCUCUUCACAGAGCUGAAGCGGUAUUACACGGGAGGCAAUGUGAACUUGGAGGAAAUGCUGAAUGAUUUCUGGGCUCGGCUGCUGGAGCGGAUGUUCCAGCUCAUAAACCCCCAGUACCACUUCAGUGAGGACUACCUGGAGUGUGUAAGCAAGUACACAGACCAGCUGAAGCCAUUUGGAGAUGUACCCAGGAAGCUGAAGGUUCAAGUGACUAGAGCGUUCAUUGCUGCACGGACCUUUGUUCAGGGGCUGACAGUAGGCAGAGAGGUUGCGAACAGAGUAUCCAAGGUCAGUCCCACCCCAGGGUGCAUCCGGGCGUUAAUGAAGAUGUUGUACUGCCCUUACUGCAGAGGACUUCCCACUGUGAAACCUUGCAACAACUAUUGCCUCAAUGUAAUGAAGGGCUGCCUAGCAAAUCAGGCUGAUUUGGAUACUGAGUGGAAUCUGUUCAUAGAUGCUAUGCUUCUGGUAGCGGAGAGAUUAGAGGGACCAUUCAACAUUGAAUCAGUCAUGGAUCCUAUUGAUGUCAAGAUUUCUGAAGCCAUCAUGAACAUGCAAGAGAACAGCAUGCAGGUGUCAGCAAAGAUUUUCCAAGGAUGUGGCCAACCUAAACCAGCACCUGCUCUGAGAUCUUCCCGUUCUGUCCCUGAAAACUUCAAUACCCGGUUUAGACCAUAUAACCCAGAGGAGCGACCUACAACUGCUGCUGGCACAAGUUUGGAUAGGCUGAGGACUAUCUGGAGGACAAUGCAACAUGGUGUAACAGAUAUUAAAGAAAAGCUAAAGCUCUCUAAAAAGUUCUGGUCAACAUUACCCUACACAAUCUGCAAGGAUGAGCGAGUGACAGCCGGUCCAUCAGUCGAGGAGGACUGCUGGAAUGGCCACACCAAGGCAAGAUACUUGCCUGAGAUUAUGAAUGAUGGGUUAACCAACCAGAUCAACAAUCCAGAAGUAGAUGUGGACAUCACAAGGCCAGACACCUUCAUUCGACAACAAAUCAUGGCCUUACGUGUCAUGACUAACAAACUGAAGAACGCAUAUAAUGGGAAUGAUGUCAACUUCCAGGAUACAAGUGAUGAAACCAGCGGCUCAGGCAGUGGAAGUGGCUGUACAGAUGACAUCUGUCCCACCGAGUUUGAUUUCAUCACCACUGAAGCACCACCUGUCGACUCAGACAGGAGGGAGGUGGAAGCUUCAGCCACACAGCCUGGCUGGUCACUGCAGACGUUGCUUGUCAUCUUCAUCAGUCUUGUACUGCAGAGACAGUGGAGAUAAUCCUGGAUCUUGUGGGAGAAACUGUGUUUUAGCUACAGAAACAGCCAACUUUCUUCUUUUCUUAUACUCUUGGACAAUGGACCAUGCCACAAACACUUGCAGUUUUCUACAAGAGAGCAGUACUGCAACCUGCUUCCCGUUUUAGUUUUCCCAAAGAGUACCAGGUACCAGACUGAACUGCUUCCUGCUUUUUUCAGAUAUCUCUGAAGACAAUAUCCACUCUUGAGAGAAUUCUUUCUCAAACCUUUAUUACAGGAGACUUUCUGAGUUUCAUUUCCUUUUAUGCUGCA